AUGACAGUAAUUCUUCCCGAAGGCACCGGCAGCAAGUAUACUAGCAAAUGUGAACCAUGGUCAUCGGCUCUUGGACACGUCCCUGGCUCGGAUUACUUUAGACAGUUGAAGAAUCCUCGCGAAAUCAAUUAUCAAGAUUAUCUAAAGUUCUGCACAGCAGCGGAAGUCUGCCGACUGAAUGCCGCUGUUUUGUAUGAUCUAGAGACGAAAGGUUCGGACUACGGUGUCAGAGAGUUUUCGCAACCAAGUUUACAUCAAGGAUUUACAUCAGCUGAGAAUGAACUUAAAAGACUUCUCGAUGGAAGGGAUAUAAAUGAUGAUGGUGCUGCUAACUUCCAGGUACCUCGACUCCAAAAUAAUCGUAUCGAUUUGGAAGCACUUUCUGACGCAGAUUUCCGUACGAUGUUCAGAUUUACCGAUAAAGGUGAUUCAGAGUCUGAUCCUGCUUCUUCAACAUCAUCCACAGGAUCCGUCUGGGAUAUAUCCUCAAUCGACAAUCUCUGA